AUGAGCGCCAACGGGAACAGUCGUAGUGCUGAUGCUGCCCGUCAGCAGGCCCAGAUCCAGCCGUGUCGGUACAAAGUGGGCAAGACCCUCGGUGCAGGAUCAUACUCUGUCGUCAAAGAGUGUGUCCACAUAGAUACCGGACGCUACUAUGCUGCCAAAGUCAUCAACAAGCGGCUGAUGGCUGGCCGCGAGCACAUGGUUCGAAACGAAAUCGCAGUCCUGAAGAAGGUGUCAAUGGGCCACCAGAACAUCCUGACUCUCGUCGACUACUUCGAGACGAUGAACAACCUCUACCUAGUCACUGAUCUGGCUUUGGGUGGAGAGCUCUUUGACCGCAUCUGCCGAAAGGGCUCGUACUAUGAGUCUGAUGCCGCUGACCUGAUCCGAGCCACCCUCUCUGCCGUCGCCUACCUGCACGACCAUGGUAUCGUCCAUCGCGACCUGAAGCCCGAGAACCUCCUAUUCCGAACACCGGAAGAUAACGCAGACCUGUUGAUUGCGGACUUUGGUCUCAGCCGUAUCAUGGAUGAAGAGCAGUUCCACGUCUUGACGACCACCUGUGGCACCCCCGGCUACAUGGCCCCAGAGAUCUUCAAGAAGACGGGCCACGGCAAGCCUGUUGAUAUCUGGGCUCUCGGCGUCAUCACCUAUUUCCUUCUCUGCGGCUACACACCCUUUGACCGUGACUCGGAUUUCGAGGAGAUGCAGGCCAUCCUUAAAGCAGAGUACGACUUUCGGCCCUCAGAGUACUGGCGCGGCGUUUCCGAGGAUGCUAAGGACUUUGUCCGCCGCUGUCUGACUGUUGACGCGACCAAGAGACCCACUGCCCAUGAGGCUCUCCAGCAUGCCUUCGUUGCCGGUUCGCUUUCAGGAGGCGAGAAGAACGAGAACAAUCUGCUGCCGACAGUAAAGAAAAACUUCAAUGCCAGGCGCACCCUGCAUGCGGCCAUUGACACAGUCCGUGCUAUCAACAAACUACGGGAGGGACAGAGCAACCUGAUGGACGGCGCCGCAUCCAAGGAACCGGCACGAGGCGCAAGACCGCAGCAACAGGGCAACGGCGCCACUCGCAAGGAAGACAGUGCUAUAAGUCUUGGAGGCGGUGGCUUGACCCAGAAGGACUCUGGGUACGGCACGACCUCUGAGUUGCAAGACGUCGUUAUGACCGAUGCUGUGCCAGCCAUUCUGCAGCCUGGCAAUGCCCAAAACCGGGUCACCGAGACGAGUAAGGGUCUUUGGUCACCGCCGCCGCGGCGAUGA